AGGACCCCCGCGCCGGUGGACGCGCCCGGGCGGGGCCUGCCGCGCCGUCGCGCCGGGGUCGCAGUGCGGAGACGGGUCGCCCAGCUGCCGCCAUGAUCAUCCCCGUGCGCUGUUUCACCUGCGGCAAGAUCGUCGGCAACAAGUGGGAAGCCUACCUGGGGCUGCUGCAGGCCGAGUACACCGAGGGGGACGCCCUGGACGCCCUGGGCCUGAAGCGCUACUGCUGCCGCCGCAUGCUGCUGGCCCACGUGGACCUGAUCGAGAAGCUGCUCAACUACGCGCCCCUGGAGAAGUGACUGCGCUGGAGCCCCACCCCGCCUGCGGUGCUGACCCUGGGCAGCCAGCGUCCUGCCCAGAGCUCAUUAAACCCAGGUGUCAGGAGCUGGGAGCGAUGCCUCACCACAGCACGGGGGCGUGUACCCCCCACUCUGGAAGGAACACCCAGUAAAGUCUUUCAGAACCACCA